AAUACAUGCAUCAGAGAAGCCGUAGUUGGAGAGAAGUUUUUUAGUAUGCAAGCAACGCUCGUAGCUGCUGGAAGUUUUAUAGACGAAAAUACUGUAUUAUGAAUACCGCAGUAUACUUUGUAGGCGUAGACGUGGGCACGGGCAGUGCGCGAGCAGCGCUGGUCAACGUCAAAGGUCAAGUGGAGCACCAGGCAGUAGAAAAGAUCAAAACGUGGACACCAGAGCCGGACAUCUUUGAGCAAUCGACCGAUGAUAUUUGGCGUGCAGUCUGUAAGGUCGUCAAGCAUGUCACCAGUAGUAUCAAUAGGACACAAGUGAAGGGCAUCGGUUUCGAUGCAACCUGCUCUCUGGCUUUGAUUGAUUCUAAACAGAACCCGUUGACUGUAAGCAAAUCCGCAAUACAUAUUCAGAAUGUCAUUCUUUGGAUGGAUCAUCGGGCUUCUGAGGAGGCAGAUUAUAUUAAUGCAACCCAGCAUCCUGUACUUAAAUAUGUGGGAGGCAAGGUAUCUCUCGAAAUGCAGAUACCCAAGCUGCUCUGGCUCAAACGUUAUCUACCGGAAUCAUAUAACAAUAUAUGGCGGGCAUUCGACCUCCCCGACUUUCUCACUUGGCGUGCAACAGGUUCUGAUACUCGCUCUCUGUGCUCUGCGGUCUGUAAAUGGAACUACGAUAUCGGGGCGAAUAGCUGGAACGCCGAAUUCUUACGUGACAUCGGUCUCAUGGAGCUGGUGAAUUCACAUUUUUCAAUUAUUGGCAGCAAGUUGGAGCCACCUGGCAAGCAUGUGGGCUCGGGCUUAACGAAGAUGGCUGCCGCAGAACUGGGCCUUACACCGGGCACUGUGGUCAGUACGUCCCUAAUAGAUGCACAUGCCGGCACAUUGGGCAUGCUUGGUUGCCAAGCAGAAGAUAUCCCUACGGAUAUGCAGACUAGAUUGGCUAUAAUUGCAGGCACAUCUACCUGCCAUAUGAGCUUGACUAAACACAUUUGCUUUGCCAAAGGCAUUUGGGGUCCAUACAAAAAUGCCGUUAUACCUGGCUAUCAUCUGAACGAGGGUGGCCAAUCGAUUGCAGGCCAUCUACUGGAUCAUUUGCUCAAGACGCAUGAGUGCUAUGUUGGGCUUAAGGAGAAGUUAGGCGGAGAUAAAUAUAUUUAUCAGCAUCUUAACCAGAUAUUACCAAAGCUAGCCGCCUCUCGGAACCUCCCCGAUAUAGCCUACCUAACGGAGGACGUGCAUGUCUGGCCGGAUCUACAUGGCAAUCGUUCGCCCAUAGCAGAUCCGACGCUGCGCGGCAUAAUGACUGGACUGGAUAUGACGCGUGGUAUCGACUCGCUGGCCAUCAAGUACUUGGCAUUCGUUCAGGCUCUUGCUUAUGGCACACGGCACAUUAUUGAACGUCUUUACCAACACGGUCGGCCUUUAUUCAAAUCGCUACUCUUUUGCGGAGGAUUGUCCAAGAAUCCACUCUACAUACAGUGCCACUCGGAUAUUUGCAAUCUGCCUGCUGUGGUUCCCUACGAGGAGGAAAUGGUAUUGGUAGGCGCAGCCGCCUUAGGCGCUGCUGCCUAUGGUCAGUAUAAUAACUUGGAGACCGCCUCAAAAGCCAUGUCCGGCCAUGGGCAAGUGAUAAGACCUAAUUCCAGCACGCAGGAACUGCACAAUCGAAAGUACCAAGUCUUUCUGAAGCUAUUGAAGCAUCAAUAUGAGUAUAUAAGCAUUAUGCAUCCAGAGAGUGCAUAGGAAGAUUCCCCACAAUUACUACUUGAUGUUCAACACUUGAAACGAAUUUUAUCAAUAAUGUAAACUGCACACUAAUUAGAGCUCAAGUAACAAAUACUUAUGAGACAGGUACAGUUGAUCUAACGACUGAAAUCCACUCAAUUAGGCAAUAAAUGCAGCCGCCUUUGAGUCGAUUUUGCUGCGGCAAACGGGGCAA